UGUUGACAGACUCCCGGGCGUGGCUUCCUUACUCCGACGUCACAAUGAUAUGCAGGCCCGAGGCCUCAUCUCAUCUGUACGUGAACCAUUGGAACAGCGUCAAUCAACAGCGAGAAAUAAUACGUUCGAAUACUGGACACCCCCGCGCCAAGCUCAAAGAUCGAGAGCUGCUAUUUCCCCGCAGUCAGAGUGGACGCCACUGCCUACAGGUCUCGGGAACAGCAACAAAAUGGAAGUUACGCAAGUUCCCGAGAGUAAGGCGUCACCGGUAAAGCGAGCGCCUGAACUCGUCCGUGGACGUAGCGAAUCGCGUCCCAAGGCCUCUCGGUAUCUGCGUGAGAUCGAUCGACGACGAAUCCUGAUGCGCAUCGCUCAGGGUGAAAAGCAGUCUGCAUUGGCAAAGGAAUACCAUGUGAGUCGAGCUGCGAUCUGCAACCUCAACAAACACCGAGCUGAAGUGCUUUCACGCAACCAUGAACAUCCUCUGGCUAAGCAUCCGAAGCGGAGAAUGCUUGCGAAGAGUAAACGACAGAAUACAACGGACAACCAGGCUAGUGGCUACAGCAGUUGA